AUGGUUGGUUUUUAUCAGUCUUUCUUGAUCAUUGCAUUGGGAGUUUCGGCUUUGGCGGCUGACUCCCUAAUCGAUAUCGAUAUUUCCCUCAAAGAGCAAUUGUGUAGAAAUCGCAACACUGCUGUGCGGAAGGAAUGGGGAGAGUUGAAGCGGGCCGAGCGGAUCGACUAUAUCGAUGCAGUAUUGUGUAUGCAAAGGCAGCCUCAGCAACUCUCAAGAGAAGAGUACCCGGGGGUGCAGAACCGGUUUGACGAUUUUGUGGCCACUCAUAUCAACUACACAUUCAAUGUCCACCUUAGUGGGUUAUUCCUCCCGUGGCACCGCCACUUCAUCUGGCUCUGGGAGUCAGCCCUACGAGACGAGUGUGAUUACUCUGGAACUCUCCCGUACUGGAACUGGCCAUUGUGGUCAGAGAACCUAAAAGCCAGCCCUCUCUUCGACUGCAGCGCCAGCUCCCUCUCCGGCGACGGAGAAUACAACCCAGAAGAAGAGAGCAUCUCCGGCGGCGCGGUCACCAUACCACGAGGAUCGGGCGGUGGCUGUGUACGAUGCGGACCUUUUAAAGACAUGAAAAUCCACAUGGGACCAUUUGAUCGCAACAUAGCCUCAUUCGACAAACUCCCCGCCCCAGGCUUCGACUACAAUCCACGCUGCUUCAACCGAAGUCUGAACAACUUCGUCAGUAGCAACUACGACAACGAGACCAUCGUCGACGCACUCCUGGGCACGGCCGAUAUCGCAGAUUUCCAAGUUGUCAUGGACUACUGGCCCGCACGACCGGACGGGGUGUUGGGCGUUCAUGGCGGCGGACAUUUCAGCCUCGGAUCCACUUUUCAAGACCUGUUCACGUCGCCGCAAGACCCGGCUUUCAUGCUGCACCAUGGUAUGAUUGAUCGGCUGUGGAGCAUGUGGCAGGCGAAGGAUGAGGGUAACCGUCGAUUUGCGCUUAACGGUACGAAUAAGAUCCUUAAUCCGCCGGAUGGGAGGAUUGUCACGCCCGAUACAGUGAUGGAGUUUGGGCUGCUUGACCAGCCUCGAUCGGUUCGUGAGGUUAUGGAUCCGACUGGUUACCGGUAUUGUUAUUCGUAUACAUAG